GACCUGGGCGGUUGCCAUGGUUGCCAUGGUUCACAGGGCCUGGGGCUGGGGGGGCUCCCAGUGCCCCUGAUGCUCACUCUGCCUCCAGCUCCCACUGCAUUUGCCACCUGCCGAGCACCCUGUGGCAUCUUUAUCACUUAGGCAUGCCAUACCCUCUCGUUUCCUGAGGCCCUUGCUCUUCAGCUUCAGGCUCUUCUCACUCCUCACUCCAGACUCUUCCUCCUCCUCCUUGCCUCCCCCUUUUGCACCUCUACCACCUGACCUGCCAUUUCCCUCUGCCCACCGCCCUGCUUCCUUCUCUGCCCCUCUUUCCUCCCACUCCUCCCCCUCCUCCCUCACUGUCUUGGCUUUCUUCCUACCAGUUUAGCUGGGUCAGCUAUAUCCAGGAAUAACUAUGGGGCUUGGGGGGGGGAAAGAGACAGGGGCUCCUCAAGGGCAGAACCCAAGCACAACACCUAAAAAGGAAAAAAAGACAAAAAAGAUGAGGAGGAAAAGAAAAAAGGCAGACAUUGAGGAACUGAAGAAGGAAGUGGCUAUGGAUGAUCACAAAUUAACUUUGGAAGAGCUGAGCGCUAAGUAUUCCGUGGACCUGACAACGGGCCAUAGCCCCGAAAAGGCAAACGAAAUCCUGAUUCGAGAUGGACCCAAUACACUUACCCCACCUCCUACCUCUCCAGAAUGGAUCAAAUUCUGUAAACAACUGUUUGGUGGCUUCUCCCUCCUACUAUGGACUGGUUCUGGUCUCUGCUUCUUGGCCUAUGGCAUCCAAAGUAAUUACCAUGAGGAAGUUAUGAAAGAUAAUCUGUACCUGGGAGGCAUACUAGCCAUCGUGGUGAUCAUCACUGGCUGCUUCUCAUAUUUCCAGGAGACCAAGAGCUCCAAGAUCAUGGAGUCUUUUAAGAACAUGGUGCCACAGCAAGCUCUGGUAAUUCGAGGUGGAGAGAAGAUACAGGUUGAUGUGCAAAAUGUGGUGUUGGGAGACGUGGUGGAAGUGAAGGGUGGAGACCGAAUCCCUGCUGACCUCCGGCUUAUCUCUGCACAGGGAUGUAAGGUAGACAACUCAUCCUUGACUGGGGAGUCAGAGCCUCAGUCCCGCUGCCCUGAUUUCACCAAUGAGAACCCUCUGGAGACCCGAAACAUCUGCUUCUUUUCCACCAACUGUGUGGAAGGAACAGCCCGGGGGGUCGUGAUUGCAACAGGAGAUGACACAGUGAUGGGCAGAAUUGCCUCCCUGACGUCAGGCCUGACAGUUGGCAAGACCCCCAUUGCUACUGAGAUUGAACACUUCAUCCAUCUGAUCACUAUGGUGGCCAUGUUCCUCGGUGUCACUUUUUUUGGGCUCUCACUUAUCUUGGGCUACGGCUGGCUGGAGGCUGUCAUUUUUCUUAUUGGCAUCAUUGUGGCCAAUGUGCCUGAGGGGCUGUUAGCCACUGUCACUGUGUGCCUGACCCUGACAGCCAAGCGCAUGGCACGGAAGAACUGCCUGGUGAAGAACCUGGAGGCGGUGGAGACGCUGGGCUCCACGUCCACCAUCUGCUCGGACAAGACGGGCACCCUCACCCAGAACCGCAUGACGGUCACCCACUUGUGGUUCGACAGGACUGUGUAUGAGGCCGACACCAGCGAAGAAGCGACUGGGACAGUAAUUCCUGAGGGCUCAGAUACCUGGUAUAUCCUGGCCCGAAUCGCUGGCCUCUGCAACCGGGCUGACUUUAAACCUAAUCAGGAGAGACUGUCCAUAGCUAAGAGGACAACAACAGGUGAUGCUUCUGAGUCAGCCCUCCUCAAAUUCAUCGAGCAGACGUACAGCCCUGUGUCAAAAAUGAGAGAAAAAAACCCGAAGGUGGCAGAGAUUCCCUUUAAUUCUACCAACAAAUACCAGAUGUCCAUCCACCUGCGGGAGGAAAACUCCCAGACCCACAUGCUGCUGAUGAAGGGUGCUCCUGAAAGGAUCUUGGAUUUUUGUUCUACUUUCCUUCUGAAAGGGCAGGAGUACCCCAUGGACGAUCAGAUGAAGGAAGACUUCCAAAAUGCCUACUUAGAACUGGGGGGACUAGGGGAGCGUGUGCUAGGGUUCUGUUUCUUGAAUCUGCCUAGCAGCUUCUCCAAAGGAUUCCAAUUUAAUACAGAUGAAAUAAAUUUUCCUAUGGAUAACCUUUGUUUUGCGGGCCUCAUAUCCAUGAUCGACCCUCCCCGAGCUGCAGUGCCCGAUGCCGUGAGCAAGUGUCGUAGUGCAGGGAUUAAGGUGAUCAUGGUAACGGGAGAUCAUCCCAUUACAGCCAAGGCCAUUGCCAAGGGUGUGGGCAUCAUCUCAGAAGGCAACGAGACAGCAGAGGAUAUUGCUGCUCGGCUUAAGAUCCCUAUCAGCGAGGUCGAUGCCAGCACUGUCAAAGCCAUAGUGGUGCAUGGCUCAGAACUAAAGGAUUUAAACUCAGAGCAGCUUGACCAGAUCCUCCAAAACCACAGUGAGAUUGUGUUUGCUCGGACCUCCCCUCAGCAGAAGCUCAUCAUUGUAGAGGGGUGUCAGAGGCUGGGAGCCAUCGUGGCUGUGACAGGGGACGGGGUGAAUGACUCCCCUGCACUAAAGAAGGCUGACAUCGGCAUCGCCAUGGGCAUCUCUGGCUCUGACGUCUCUAAGCAGGCAGCCGACAUGAUCCUGCUGGACGACAACUUUGCCUCCAUCGUCACAGGGGUGGAAGAAGGCCGCCUGAUCUUUGACAACCUGAAGAAAUCCAUCGCCUACACCCUGACCAGCAACAUUCCUGAGAUCAGCCCCUUCCUGCUGUUCAUCAUCCUCGGGAUACCCUUGCCUCUGGGCACCAUAGCCAUUCUCUGCAUUGAUCUGGGCACUGACAUGCUCCCUGCUAUCUCCUUGGCUUACGAGUCAGCUGAAAGUGACAUCAUGAAGAGGCUUCCAAGGAACCCAAAGACUGAUAAUCUGGUGAACAACCGUCUCAUUGGCAUGGCCUAUGGACAGAUUGGAAUGAUCCAGGCUCUGGCUGGAUUCUUCACUUACUUUGUGAUCCUGGCCGAGAAUGGUUUUAAGCCUAAUGAUCUGCUGGGCAUCCGCCUUCACUGGGAAGAUCGAUACUUGAAUGACCUGCAGGACAGCUAUGGGCAGCAGUGGACCUACGAGCAGCGCAAGGUGGUGGAGUUCACGUGCCACACGGCCUUCUUUGUCAGCAUCGUGAUCGUGCAGUGGGCUGACCUCAUCAUCUGCAAGACCCGCCGCAACUCGGUCUUCCAGCAGGGCAUGAAAAACAAGAUCCUAAUACUUGGGCUCCUGGAGGAGACAAUGCUGGCUGCUUUUCUGUCCUACGCUCCAGGCAUGGACCUGGCCCUGAGAAUGUACCCACUCAAGAUAACGUGGUGGCUCUGUGCCACUCCCUACAGCUUUCUUAUCUUUGUCUAUGAUGAAAUCAGAAAACUCGUCAUUCGUCUACGGCCGGGUGGCUGGCUGGAGAGAGAGACAUACUACUAAACUCAGCAGAGGAAGAGCUUCACCUGACAUAAAAGUGCCAUGAGUAGGGUUAGGGAUUAUGAGUUUGAUACAACAUCUGAGAGAGACACUGGAAUGAAUUACCUUGGAUAAGAGAGACAGGCACUCUUGGGACUGGACAGAGGGGAUCACCAGCAGAAGAUGGGAUGGGUGAGGGAAGCCCAGCCGGCGUCUGGCUGCAGCUGAGUGGGGAGGGGCACAGUCCAGUUGAAUCCAACAGCCAGUCUGGAGAGUAAAGGUUUGGAACAGCCCUCA